AUGGAGUUUGGCGGUGUUUGGGCGUUCACGGUGAUCGAUCAGAACCGCGACGGGAUCAUCGAUAAGGACGAUCUGCGCGAGACCUUCGCCGCCAUGGGGUUGAAAUCGGUAAAUCGGAAGGGGCGUGGCUUCGCUAUGCAAAUGAGCGCAAAGGGUUUUAAAGGGGGCGUGGCCAGGAUGAACCUGGAGGAGCUGCUGACGACGCAAUGCGACCGCUUCACCCCCGAGGAGAUCAAGAACAUGUGGGCCGCCUUCCCCCCGGACGUGGCCGGCAACGUGGACUACAAGAACAUUUGUUACGUCAUCACCCACGGCGAGGACAAGGAAGGGGAAUAAAAACAAUCCCCAGAAAUUCGGGAAUUCCCAUCCCAAAAAAAGCCUGGAAUUCCCCGGAAUUCCCGGAUUUCCGGAGCCUCGGGAAAUAAAAGCGGCCGGUUUUCCACCCGG